UUUUAUAAAUACAAUUAUCUGACUUAUGAAUUGCAGUGCUAUUUUGACCUUUCGCUAUCUGGAUCUAGGGUUUCUCUUCUUGACGACUCCUUGUUUUUCAUCAUCAUCAUCACUAUCGCCAAACCCUAGCUUUAGCGCCACAAUUCAGAUAAAAACACCGAUUUCUAUUUGUAAAGGCUGGAUCACCAAUCACGGAUCUAAGAUCUUCUACUUGAAAAUAACCCCUAAAUUUUUUUAUUUGAUGUUUUUUUUCUCCGAGGAUCAGUGAUUUAAAAGCAAAAAUGGGAUUAUAUUAAGUUUGUUUUUGACGACGACGUUGAUUUUGAAAGAAAAUCAAAGAAAUCGAUGAUGUGUUUAUUGAAUGGAACUUUGAUGAGAAAUCAAAGGAGGGGAUAAAAACUUUCAGGGUUUUUUGGAUGGUUUUCGGCCGGUGAGGGAAAAUGUAUAAGUCGGUGGUGUAUAAAGAUGAAGAGUUACUUGGGGAGGUAGAAAUAUACCCAGAAGAGAACGAGAACAAGAACAAGAACAAGAAUUUGGUUGAUGAGUUGAAGGAAAUCAGAAUAAGCUAUUUUUCGCAAUCAAGUGAGAGAUGUCCACCAGUGGCAGUGCUUCAUACCAUAAGCUCUCAUGGUGUUUGCUUCAAAAUGGAGUCAAAGACCUCGCAGUCUCAGGACACGCCGCUCUUUCUUUUGCACUCCUCGUGUGUCAUGGAGAACAAGACUGCAGUAAUGCCGCUAGGAGGGGAGGAGCUCCAUUUGGUUGCCAUGCACUCCAGGAAUGGUGAUAAACGGUAUCCAUAUUUCUGGGGAUUCAGUGUUGCACCAGGACUCUACAAUUCUUGCCUUGUCAUGCUGAACCUUAGAUGUCUUGGCAUUGUGUUUGAUCUUGAUGAAACACUCAUUGUUGCAAAUACAAUGCGCUCAUUUGAGGAUCGAAUUGAGGCCCUACAGAGGAAGAUAAGCAGUGAGGUGGACCCACAACGCAUUUCUGGCAUGCUUGCAGAGAUCAAGCGGUAUCAAGAUGACAAGUUUAUAUUGAAGCAAUAUGCUGAAAAUGAUCAAGUUGUUGAAAACGGGAGGGUGAUCAAAACUCAAUCUGAGGCUGUUCCAGCCUUGUCUGAUAAUCAUCAACCUAUUAUUCGGCCACUUAUACGGUUACAUGAGAAAAACAUUAUACUGACUCGCAUUAAUCCACAGAUUCGUGAUACAAGUGUUCUCGUGAGGUUGAGACCUGCAUGGGAGGAUCUUCGGAGUUACUUGACUGCAAGAGGGCGCAAGCGCUUUGAGGUUUAUGUUUGCACAAUGGCUGAAAGGGAUUAUGCUUUAGAAAUGUGGAGGCUUCUGGAUCCUGAUUCAAAUCUGAUAAACUCGAACAAAUUAUUGGAUCGCAUUGUGUGUGUCAAGUCUGGUUCAAGGAAGUCGUUGUUCAAUGUCUUCCAAGAAAGCUUAUGCCAUCCUAAGAUGGCAUUGGUAAUUGAUGAUCGCUUGAAAGUGUGGGAUGACAGAGAUCAACCUCGGGUGCAUGUUGUUCCUGCAUUUGCGCCAUACUAUGCUCCUCAAGCUGAGGCAAAUAAUGCCGUUCCUGUCCUGUGUGUUGCAAGAAACGUUGCCUGCAACGUCAGAGGUGGAUUUUUUAGAGAAUUUGAUGACAGUCUUCUACAAAAGAUUCCUGAAGUUUUCUAUGAAGACGAUAUUAAAGAUGUUCCUUCUCCUGAUGUGAGCAAUUAUCUAGUUUCAGAGGAUGAUUCUUCUGCUUUAAAUGGAAACAGGGACCCUCUUCCUUUUGAUGGCAUAACAGAUGUUGAGGUUGAAAGAAGAAUGAAGGAAGCAACCUCAGCUGCUUCAAUGGUAUCUUCAGUAGUCACUAGCAUAGAUCCAAGGCUUCCUCCUCUUCAGUACACAGUGGCUCCUUCUUCUAGCACACUUUCACUGCCAACAACUCAGCCAUCAGUGAUGUCUUUUCCUAGUAUACAGUUCCCUCAGGCAGCUUCACUAGUUAAACCUUUGGGUCAUGUUGGCUCUGCAGAACCAAGCUUGCAAAGUUCUCCUGCUAGAGAGGAGGGUGAGGUACCUGAAUCGGAAUUAGACCCUGAUACAAGGCGGAGGCUGCUGAUUUUGCAGCAUGGCCAAGAUACAAGAGAUCAACCACCAAGUGAGCCUCCAUUUCCUGUAAGACCUCCAAUGCAAGCCUCUGUUCCACGAGCGCAAUCGCGUCCAGGCUGGUUUCCAGUGGAGGAAGAGAUGAGCCCACGGCAACUGAGCCGGAUGGUACCCAAAGAUCUUCCUUUAGAUCCAGAACCAGUGCAGAUUGAGAAGCAUCGACCUCAUCACUCGUCUUUUUUCCCUAAGGUUGAGAAUUCGAUUCCAUCUGAUAGAAUUCUCCAAGAAAACCAGAGAUUGCCAAAAGAGGCAUUUCAUAGAGAUGAUCGGUUGAGAUUCAACCAUGCAUUGUCUGGUUAUCAUUCAUUGUCAGGUGAGGAGAUUCCCUUAAGUCGAUCCUCUUCCAGCAACAGAGAUGUUGACUUUGAAUCUGGACGAGCUAUAUCAAAUGCAGAAACUCCUGCUGCAGUUUUACAGGAAAUUGCAAUGAAGUGUGGAGCCAAGGUGGAGUUUAGGCCAGCUUUGGUUGCUAGUACGGAACUGCAGUUUUAUGUUGAGGCUUGGUUUGCUGGAGAGAAAAUUGGUGAAGGAAGUGGUAAAUCGAGAAGGGAAGCUCAUUACCAGGCUGCUGAGGGUUCUCUAAAAAAUUUAGCCAAUAUAUACCUUUCCCGUGUCAAGCCUGAUUCUGUGUCCGUUCAUGGGGAUAUGAACAAGUUUCCUAAUGUUAACAGUAAUGGUUUUGCGGGUAAUUUGAAUUCUUUUGGGAUCCAGCCAUUUCCCAAAGAGGAGUCCCUGUCAUCUUCAACUUCAUCAGAGCCUUCGAGGCCACUAGAUCCUAGGCUGGAAGGCUCUAAAAAGUCAAUGAGUUCAGUGUCUACACUCAAAGAACUUUGUAUGAUGGAGGGCCUUGGUGUAGUUUUCCAACCACGACCUCCACCUUCAACUAAUUCAGUCGAGAAAGAUGAAGUUCAUGUACAGGUUGAAAUAGAUGGAGAGGUUUUGGGGAAGGGAAUUGGAUUGACGUGGGAUGAGGCUAAGAUGCAGGCUGCUGAAAAGGCGCUCGGAAGUCUAACAUCAACGCUAUAUGCUCAGAAACGUCAGGGUUCUCCAGGGUCUUUGCAAGGGAUGUCCAGUAAACGUAUGAAGCAAGAGUUUCCACAAGUUUUGCAACGAAUGCCCUCUUCUGCUAGAUAUCCGAAAAAUGCUCCACCAGUUCCCUGAAAGUCGUACCACCAUUUUAUCCCAAUUUGGUAUAACUACUGAUGUGACGUGCCUGCAGUACAUAUUAUAGAGAAGGGUGAGGACCAAGGAGAUUCAGAAGUGCCAAAUGGCCCUAGCCUCUUACAACAUGUGGGCUGAAGAAGCCAUGUAGACGAGAUUAAGCUUGCAGCUUCAUUUAAGAUUCUUGUGAAAGAACGGGGAGGUGCUUCCAGGCAUUAGAGUCCUAACAUUCUUGGGGUUUUCUGUCAUUGUUGUAACUUGUAACAGUUCCCCCUCCCCAACACCAAAUGCUUAUAAGCCAUCCUCGCAAGUUUUUGGAAGGCGAUGCCGCCUUGUAACUCCACUUUUUUUGUGCGGUCGAUGACAGAUUCCUUCCAAGACCAUUGAAAGAGCUUAUUUGGGUCUGGAGAUUUGUGACACUCUAUUGAUGUUUAUAUAGCAGAAGUAGAAAGAAAUAUGGCUUCGACGGCAGCUUUCGGCUAUGCUCAGAGUCACGGCUACACACAAUAGUCACGGCACACACUAACCAUUGACGGUAGUUACUGUAGUCCAAUUGCCAGUUUUCUUUCAGUGCCCAUCUCUGUGGGAAUUGGCAAUAUUAUAAUGUGUCAAUUCUGGAUUGUUACCUGAGGUGGAACUGUUUAGUGAUGUAAAUUGAGACAAUGUAAUACCCUUUUCACUUGUUAUAUUUGAUGGAGUGGAAAUUUUUCAA